GUUCCUCUCAUCACAGCCCCGUACUUCCCAGAGUUAAUGAAACCUCGGCCAAGAAAACACAUUCGUAUUUAGCUUUAGAUGAACCCAAGGUGUCAAAGUCCGAUGCAACAAAACAACUCAAUGGACACCAAGAUCUUCUGUCUUCAGUGGAGGUUCCUGGUACUAAAACAUCAUCACCACCAAGGGAUCCUGAGGUUCCAGCUGAACAGAUCGUAACACACAGCAAAGAUGUGUUUGAGGAAAAGCAGUCUGAAGCUCAUAGUAUUGGAAUACAAUCAGUUGAAACAUCUAUUGUGGACACAAUAAAACCUGAGCUUCCGUCUGGCUUGGCAGAGAAAACAAAGCAACAAUCAUCAAGUGAUGUAUCCACACCAAAAGCCUCAUACUCUGAUGCUUCAAUAUCAAUACCUAAAGCAGGCCUCAGUCUCAGUCAAAGCUCCAUCCCCAAACAGAGGAAUGUCACCGCCAUCUCAGCAAAAAACUGGACUCAAAGCCAAGGACCUUCUGAGGACCAAAACUACAGCAGCACCGACGGAAGCCCCGACAGUCGAACCCUCCACGAAGUCACCGACAUCAACUGCAUCUUCAACUGCUGACAAGAAGACGGUAAAAGCAGAGACAUCCUCUACAGCCUCUGAGCACAAAGCAGCCAAAAAGCCAAAAGGUCUGAAGGGUAAGCUCAGCGGAUGGACACGGCUCAAGAAACACAUGGUUGUUGAACCAGAGGAACCAGAGUUUCCACAGCUGGAGGCCAAAUCUCAAGUUGAUUCCAGCGGCAACAAGGAGAGAGUAGACAAAGGAGAUAAUGAUUUGCCAUCUACAGACCAAUGUGCCAAUCAGGAGGUGGCAAAUAACCAAAGUGGUCCCAUGGCGUUGAAGAUGUGGGAUGCCCUCCUCUUUCAGAUGUUCUCAACCAAAGACCGAAUCAUGCAACAUGUCAAAGCAACCAAGAAAGAUUCAGAUGAGAAAAAGGCAUCAAAGGACAAUCAAGCAGAAGUCCCCUCAUUUGUCAAUCGUCUGCCAAUUUUGCUUUACAGCCCCCGUUUUGAUGCCCGAAAGCUAAAAGAGGCGGCUGAGAAGCCGCUGACAAAAAUAGCAGCUGUGUUUGAGAGGGGGCUGAUAAAACGCAAAUGUCAGGAAGAGGAACACAAGGACUUCAACAGAAAGGCAAGAGGAUUUGGUCCGACAAAAACUGAAGAUGUGUAACUUGAACCGAUGCAAAAGUAUGUUUGGGAUUGUUAUAUGGUAAGUGCUGUGUAUGGUUUCACUGUUGUGUAAUUAAUCAUAAAACACAAAAAAGCUUGCUCAGUUAAUUGAGGGAGUUGUGUAAGAAAUUAGCAAACAAACAUUUGUCAAGUUCAGGAACAAAUACAGUAAGCUGUGGGCAAUUUCUUAAAUUCUGAGGGGAAUAAUAUUAAAUGUUUCAUUGAUUACUGCUCAAUUGCCAUCAUCUUAAAUCACUGUUGGGACUUAAUAUUUGGUAUGAUCCUUCAAUUCAAACUAAAAAAGCAAAUUUUGAUUUAAUAGGAAGAAAAA